AUGUACUCACCACCAUCGACCUCAACAGUCGGGCCGGCGCCGCCAAAUCCGCCGGCGGACAAGAAAGACAUUACACGAUCAGAAUCCGAAGACUUUGCACGUAUUGAUGCUGCCGACCGCAUCCGCUCGGUUGUACGCACCACAAAACUCGAGAAGACUCUCGACGAACAACGUCGCGGAGAAAAAAAUGAUGCAGCUUCACGCUGGCAUAGGGCCGGCUUCAUGGCGGAGCAGCUCGGCAAGCAGGAUUCUGCACCGGCGCCUGCUGUCCGAGGAGAGGCAGCGAACCGAACAAAGGUGACAAACUCACCUCCAACUUCGCCGCCAGCGACGGUCAACUCCAUAACACAGCAACUUCUAGGUUCAAGUUUCCUCGACAAGUUGCCAUUCUCAUUCAAGAACGAGGCGGAGAAGGAGGAGUUCCUCAAAGAGUCGAAGGUUUUGACCAAACGAAUGGAGGAUCAGAACUGGCUGGAGAUGCUCGAUCCCAAGCAUCGCUACGGAAGCAAUCUCAAGCACUACCAUCGAUACUGGAAUUUGAAAGCUGACACACGGCAAAACUUCCUGCAAUGGCUCGACGAAGGAGAUGGCAGAGAACUCAGCCUGGAAGAAUGCCCAAGGUCGAAGCUCGAGGAAGAACGCAUCAGAUAUCUGACAGCAGACGAAAGGCGCAACUACCUCACUUUCAUCGACAAUGAAGGCGGUGUACCACCAGUACGGCGCUUCGACCAACUGCGAUCACAUCUCAAGCCUCAUCUAGGCAAGGGCCGCUUACGUUGGUGUCGCACCGGUGAGCUCGUCAACACCUCCAAAUAUGACCAUGGCGAUCUUGGAAAGGGACGCGGUAUCGCUUUACGGCAGUCCCAGGAGUGGCAAGAUGCGAUUGCGACAGGCGGGGUAUCUGAUGUCGUCCGUGACGACAAGAUCAAGUACCGCAGGAGCACAUCAACAGACUCGUCUUACAGUUUCACUUCUGACUCCAGCUCUUCGGCAGCGGUCGCGUCAUUCGAUCAUGAGCUGUCACCUCACAAGGAGAAACAAGAUCCUCAAGUCACUUCUGCAUCAAGCAGUCACACGUUCACGCAUGGCUCCAAGCCAGUCACAGAUCCGGAAGAGAAGCAACAGAGCCGCAGAGAAAAGCUCCUUGAGAAGGCCAAUCUCGGCCCCAAGUAUCUUCUCAAACACAAACUCGGCCUUUAUCCAACCUCAAAGCGUCAGCAAAUUGUCCGAGGCCACUCGGAUACAGAUCACAAAGAUGAAGGAAACGAGUUACGUCCAGAUGCUCUCAUUCGCAGACGUAAGGCAGAUACUUGGAUCUUUGUGACCGACUUGUCGUACAACAUGUACAUCGGCAUUAAGCAGCGUGGUCGCUUCCAGCAUUCUUCACUCCUAGCUGGGUCUCUGGUCACUGUCGCUGGUGUACUUAAGGUCAAGGAAGGCGUCAUUGUCUCGAUCUACCCAUGGAGCGGACACUACCGCUCGUCAUCUCAGCACUUUGAAGAGUUUAUCCGACGUUUGCAGGAACGUGGUCUCGACACGAGCCAGAUCAAUGUUACCAAGAACAAGUGGGUGAUCGAGGUGGUCAAUCGAUACGGUAUGUAUCGCAAGGCAAAGGACCGCAAGGUGAAAGAGUUGAAAGACAGAGCUCAUGAAGCUUGGGAUUCCUGCACUUCGUUUCAGCCCACCUCAUGA